UCUGGCACUGUGAAUCCCAAACACAAGAAGUUUGUUCCUGCUGCCCUGUUUAAAGGGGGGGGGGGAAAUACAAAACUGACAAAAAAAGCUCCCAUGAUUCACUUCAAAGCCAGUCAGGUGACUUAACAUGUGACUUUCUAAUCUAACAGGAAACAACCAGGCGUCAAAAUCAGCAGAAAUGAUCAUUGGCAUGUAUUGUAGGUUGAAACUGAGAGUAUUUCAGUUAAAUGUAGAACAGUAUCCCGUAACAUCCUAAAAAAUCCUAAAAGGGAUUCAGAUGUCAGGCAGAGUAGUGGUGGCUUCUCGCAUCUCUUCUACUGUUUUCUUGCCGUCGCAGAAUGUGGUACCAGAUAUACGAGUUGGAGCACAGAAGGAAAAACGUGAAACGGACUGAUUGACAAGAUGGCCUCUAAUGACCCUGACCCCUUAAACCCCCCUGGUAGCCCCCAGCCCGGUGACCUCAUCGAGAUCUUCAGACCAGCCUAUCAGCACUGGGCUCUAUACCUAGGUGAUGGUUACAUCAUCAACCUAACACCAGUGGAGGAGAGCCAGGCAGCGGCCAUGUCCAGUGUCAAGUCCGUGUUUAGCCGCAAGGCUGUCGUCCGCAUGCAGCUGCUGAAGGAGGUCAUAGGGAGCGACACGUACCGCGUGAACAACAAGUACGAUGACAACCACACCCCUUUGCCCAUUACUGAGAUCAUCGACCGAGCGCAGAUGCUCAUUGGCCGGGUGGUGUCAUAUGACCUGCUGGGCAGUAACUGCGAGCACUUUGUUACUUUGCUUCGCUAUGGGGAGGGAGUGUCUGAGCAGGCUUCACGAGCAAUCGGCGCAAUCAGCUUGGUGACUGCCGCUGCCAGUACCCUCUCCAUGCUGGGGCUCAUCAACGCCCGUUCAAGAAGCAGGCCUUCCUGACACGCCCCCUGGCCAAUGCCCCGCCCACCCCACUGGCCUGGCUCAUCGUAUGGCUCCCAGCAUUUUUCUAUGGCAGUCUCUCUCAAUCCGGUCCUCAGGGACCCUCAGACAGUCCACGUUUGUGUUUCCUCCCAGACAGCCACACUGGAGUCCACCUUGAAGACCGGUUUGAGAAACACUGCUCUAUGCUGCCGUUAAAUCCAAGAAGUCAUUCUGAAAUCUACAAAAGGGGAAGUAUGUUUAAAAUGGGGGAAUCUCCGGCCAGAAGGUGGUGUAUUGGUGAAGGACCUGGGCUCACAGUUGCAGCUGAAAGACUGAGACCGCAGUCUCAGUAAAUUUUUGCGUUGCUCAUUCAGCUGUGUGAUCAUACUUUUAAUAUCACAUUUUAAACUGCAGUAUUGGAGAGUCUCUCGGGGAGUGGUGAGGUGACCAUCUCGUUGUUGUGUGAACUGUACAUAUAUCAAUAAAACCAAUUACAGAUUAUAGUUCCACUUCUACCUUGUUAAUCAUAAGAAAUCAAAUACAAAAUCCACUUAAAAAUACUUCAUAGAAAAGAAACAGCAUCUUCAGAUAGGUGAUUUUUUUUGUAAAAUGAAUUUUGCAUCAUUAGAUUAAUGCACUCAGUCAAAAAAGAUUACAUCUGCCAGGAGUUUGAGAAGUGAUAUGAAAUUGUGGUUUAAAUAUGUAUUAUCUGAAAUUUAAUUUCCCAGAAAUUUGAAAUUGCAUGACAACAAACAUACCUCGUAUUUUUAAAAAUGUAUCUGUACUUUAGCUGUAAAGCAAUAGAAAUAAAGCACAUCUCGAAUGAAA